AUGGAUCAUUCCAAGCUCCACGUUGUCUAUGUAAACCGCCGCUUUCGCGAGGACAGACGAGUUACCGCCCCUUCGAACCAGGCACAGGAUGCCACUCAUGUCUCGUCCGAGCUACAAUGGGAAUCGGAAGACUUGCGACAGGAUGUCGAGGUCCUGCUCGAGUCGUUUAGUGAAGUUCAUCUCUGCUCCACCGGCAGCGCAUGUCUGGCUUCCUUGUACGACAUCCAAGAAGGCUCCAUCGUGGAUUUGAGGCCUACUUUGGUUCUUAUCGACACUCCCGACGACGAACACAUCCCUGAGGAGCCUCAGCCGAGGUCGAGGUCGCCGUCACCCAUGUCACGCCCUGAGUCCAGAGAAGUAGAGAUUCACACGCCGGAUGAGGAGGUCCUCUCGAAACUGGUCGUGCCAAUAUUGCUCAUCGGACAGGCGAUUGUGAACAGGGGCUCUUCCCCGCAGGACGCCGGAAGCUAUUUGGCCGGAGUUCGGCCCGUCGACCGCCGGCUCGUCAUGCGGUGCCUUGAUCUCGGUGCUGCCGAUGUCAUCUUGAGGCCCAUGCACGCAAAAUGCGUCAUGAGUCUUGAGAUUCAUGCCCACCGAGUACGAAAGGAUGCUGCGAAGGAACAACGAGCCAUUCUGGAGGCCAUGGUGUCCGGCCUUAUGAAGGGGAUAUGCCGGCUUCCAACCGACGAUGACGACAAGAUUGCCAACGUCAGCAUAGCUGUCUCUACGGAACGACAGGCCGCCAUUGCCACGGCCAUCGGGAGCUGGCAUUUCUGCGCUCAUGAUUUUUCCGACGAUGAGCUGCUGGUGGCGGCCAUGGUCAUGUUCAAGCACGCCCUCUCCAUGCCGCAGCUUGAGCGUUGGCGGAUACCCGCAGACCAACUCAUCAACUUUUUGGUCGCAUGCCGGGCUGCUUACAACAGUUUCGUGCCUUAUCACAACUUCCGUCAUGUCGUGGAUGUCCUCCAGGCUACCUUCAACUUCCUCGUUCACAUCGGCAUCAUCGCACCCUACCCCCUGGACCUUCACUCCCAAGCACCAGCCACCUCACCUGUUGCGGAUCUAUUGAGCCCCGUUGACGGCCUAACCCUGCUCAUCACUGCUAUCGGUCACGAUGUCGGUCACCCUGGCGUCAACAACGGCUUCCUCGUCACACUCAAUGCCCCCUUGGCUCAGCUGUACAACGACCGCUCUGUGUUGGAGUCUUUCCACUGCGCUGCCUACUCGCAGAUCCUGCGGAGAUACUGGCCUGCCGUCUUUGAGGACUCCAAGAUGCGAAACUUGAUGAUCAGUUCGAUUCUUGCGACCGAUAUGGGGCUGCACUUUGACUACAUGAAGAAGCUGGGUGAUCUCCAGGCAAAGCUCGAAGUCAACAGCACCACUGAUGGCUGGAAUGGGCGCAUGGUGGAAGAGCAAAAGGCAUUGGCUUGCUCACUGCUCAUCAAGUGCGCAGACAUCAGCAACGUGGCCAGAAAAUACGAAGCUGCUCUUCAGUGGAUGUUCAUCCUUUCGGACGAAUUUUCACGACAGUCUUCCAUGGAGAAUGAGCUCGAGAUUCAGUCGUCGCUCCUGGCAACUCCCAAGAAAGACCUCGUAUCACUUGCCAAGGCUCAGCUCAGUUUCAUGAACAUGUUUGCCAUUCCCCUUUUCCAGGGUGUUGCUGACAUUAUGCCCACAAUGCAAUAUACUGUGGACGAGCUUGAACGGAACAAGGUUCUCUUUGAGGGGCGGGUGCAUGAAGAACAGGCCAAGGAAGAUCCUGUUCGCAAGAGGCUCCUGAAGGAGGGAACUUUUUCGCCGCGCACUAUGAGCUUCGUGGUUGAAUCAGACACGCAAACACCACCUCCUGCCCAAGCAGGCUCACCAUUGGCCGAGAUUCCUACGCCCUCGACACUCACUGACGGAAAGAGGACGGACGAAAAAGAACUCUCACCGCCGCCUUCGAAUCCGACGAGCAAGCCAGUACACACUCCUGACACGACAGAGGAGUACAAGGAAGUCAACGGAGGCUUUGUGUCGGACUUUGAGUCUGUUACUGAUUUUGCUGCGAGCGAUCCGUUCCACAGUCGCGAGCAGCUGAGCAGCAUACCGGACCACUCGACGCAGCAAAACAACAAGCAACGAUGUAGCGAGACAACCGACGGCAGCGCGGCCGGCCAUGUCUCGGGUGACUGGGCCUCGCAAGCGACGAGUGCGACAACUGGCAAGAUGCCACUCUCGCCGAGCACCCAGGGUACAAGCAUUGUCAGCAGAGAAUCAGCAGAACGGCGAGUGAGCAUCCCCGUCAUCGCCGAGCCGAAGGACCCAUAUGACUCGAAGACGGAGUCGCUCCUGCACACCCAGGAAUCGAAUGGAUCCAACGGCAGCAUUGGCAAAGCCGACGGGGCCAAGGUACUCAGGAAGAAAACCAGCCGGUUCAGGAUGAACAACUUUCCCUUUUUUAGGCGCAACAGGGGCGCAAGCCCUUCACUCUCGGCGAGCGACACAACCGGCGGAAGUCAGUAG